UGGCGGAUCACCUAGUCCACUCGGUGCGUCUGCUGGCGGUGGAGUAGUCUGCUCUUGUUGUGAUCCCAUUCUUUUUCUCCGGGACUGUUUGUAGAUUAGAAAAGCGGGGGAACUAUUUUUUUUUUCAAUUGGAAAGCCUGAAGUGCGUAGAUCUAUGACAAUAUAUUAUAUUUCUUUCUUCAUUUCUGUUUUAAUUCCACGUCGUUUAUUCUUGUGGAAUAAGUAAAUACAAAAAGUAAGAAACUCAACGAAACACCUUCUUGAAACAGAAAUCGCAGCUGUAUUCAUAUUCCAGGCUUUUAUUUGUGCUGCACACAGGGACAACAAACGCAUUGAAAGUCAAAGGUAUUUGUUGAAAUAUAUAAACAAUACAAUAAAAAAAACGAACAAUUUAAAGCCAAGAAAAUAUAUAAUAUUCCCAGAGUGACUCAUUCUCAUUUCUCUAAUUAAAUAAUUGUACAGACAGUAGAAAAAGGAAACUUACAUUUGCCAGCUGUGGGGAAGAUCUACUCUCGCCUCAUUCGUGUGAAGAAUUCCCGAACGGACCUUACAUAUUAUACAGCUCUGAUAGAAUUGAGUGACCCUUACUGCUGCCUGGCUUACGACACAAACCGCUUUUGCUGCUGAGGUGGUGUAAAGUUAGCAUGUGUAGCACUCUGACGCUGGAACUCAUGUUCGAGUCUACUCCUUCCAAGACCUCCUUAGUCAGCUGUCAGUAAGCUCAGAGACAUGACCUCGGGAUACGUGACUGCUGCACAGUUAUCUUCCGAUUCCUUCUCACCAACUCGAAUCCACCUCACCAGCAGUCCCUCGAAUACCUCCCGCCACAAGUAGAGUGGGGAACGUGCAGCUAUGAGCCUUGCGUCCUGGCUCGCUGAUCGUCGUCGUCUAGCCUCAUCCUCCUCCUCCUCCUCCUCUCUCUCCUCCUCUUCUUCCUCCUCCUCUUCCACCUCCUCCUCAUCCUCCUCCUCCCCCACCUCCCCUGCCCUCUCCUCCUCCUCCUCCUCACUUCUCCCACUGCAGCUCCCCCUUUUGGUUGUCGCCAUGAGCUGCCUGCUGGCCCGCCCCUCCUCUUGCCACCUGGUCGACCCCCGGACCACGCUCAGCUGUCACGUGCGCAGCUACCAGUUCCGGGUGACCAAGCCACCUGUUAUCAGCGAGGAUGGACAGAUCCUCAGGUGUAGCGGCAUUGUCACCGUCAACUCAUGCUGGGGCCGAUGUGACUCCAGUGAGAUUGGAGACUAUUUGAUGCCCUACAGGAUUUCACACCACCCGGUGUGUACUUAUACGGGGCGUGUUCCCAGACAGGUAACAUUAUCCGGAUGCGAAGACUAUCCAGAUCCAACCUUCGAAGUAUUCGAUGCCGCUGGCUGUGAGUGUCGACUGUGCGAUUCCGAUUACACCAGCUGUGAAAAUUUGAACGGAUAACCCGAAGGCUGCCACCGACCUCGUCAUAACAGAGCGCUAUAUCAUACUACGUUAAUGUUGGCCGGAUAAUAAUUAUUUCCAGAGAGUUUAUAUAUAAAAAAGAGGGGACUUCUUCGUCUCGACUGGGUACAUUUCGACGCUGUGUGGGAACGAUGAUUCAGGAAAAUGUCGUCUGUGAACAAAGACUGAAACAACACGUCAUCCUGAAAAUAUGUGGCCUGCUAAUGACGUCAUAUAUUCUUGCUGUUAGUCAGAUCAAUGCUACCUUCUCCCACAGUUCAUAGCGUGAUGAAAUAAAUGCUGGUCCGGCUUAUGACAAUCAC